CAAGAGGGGAGUUUCCAAUCCAUGAGUAUACUAUAUAGUUAGGAAGUGGCAGUAGGAAAAUGUAUAGUAUAAUAUAUGUAGUGUGAUAUAUAGAAGAUCAGCGUCAAAGCCUAUAGCAUUCGUACGUUUUCUCUCUUUUCUAUGCGUGAUUACUUGAUUAAUGUAUAUGAUGGUCAAGUAUUUGAUGGAAUGAAUAUCCUUAUGUAGAGCCUCACAAAAGUAGUAAAUGGAGUGGUAUCAAAUGCGGCAUGACGUGCUCAUCGCGUUUCAAAAAUGGACCGACUUCGACUGUUGCCCAUGGAAUUGCCAUCUGCUACCAGCAUAAGCAAUAAUGGAAGUGUUAAAGGAAAUAUUAAAAUUUCUUUUGUCAAGAGAUUGGUAGUCGGAUUUGUAAUCUUGGCUGUGCUAGGCCUAUUAUAUGUACCAGCAUAUCAUUCAGCUCAGGGUCCAUUUUUAGGCUUAGCACAGUUACCCGGUUGGGCAUAUAAUACUUCAAGAGAUGUUAGAAAUUAUAUUCAUCCAGGAAAUAUUACUUCCAUUUUGAAUCCACUUGCUCUUUGUUUACCACCUCCAUAUUUACUUAUAAUUAUUUGCUCGUCAGUGGCAAACUACAAAGCCAGAAUGGCAAUUAGAAAUACUUGGGCUAAUAAAAAUAAUUUAGAUGUUUUAUAUAAUUCUACAGUUAAAGUUGCAUUUCUUCUGGGACAAAGUGAUAAUGAUACACUUAAUAACUUUAUAAUUGAAGAAAGUUUUCAAUUUAAUGAUAUACUUCAAGAAAGGUUUUUGGAUACCUAUAAUAAUUUAACAUUGAAGUCUGUUAUGAUAUUAAAAUGGGUCACUACAAAUUGCGAAGAAGCUAAAUUUAUUAUGAAAACAGAUGAUGAUAUGUUUGUAAAUAUAAAUCUUUUGAUGAAAACCUUGCAAGCAAGAACACAAUCUAAAGGUGUUUUACUGGGAUCUCUUAUUUGUAAUGCUAGACCAAUAUCAGACUCGAAAAAUAAAUGGUAUAUGCCAAAAUAUAUGUAUCCUGAAAAGGUUUAUCCUAACUAUCUAUCAGGUACAGGAUAUGUUAUGAGUAUUGAUGUAGCUUUUAAGUUAUAUCAGGCAGCUUUGAUAACACCUCUACUUCAUUUAGAAGACGUUUAUAUUACGGGUCUUUGUGCAAAGCAUGCAAAAAUACGUCCUAUUAAUCAUCCAGGUUUUAGUUACGCGCAAAGAAAAUUGGAUCCUUGUAUACUUAAUAACUCCAUAACUACACACAAAAUUAAUGCAUCUGCUAUGUAUACAAUAUGGAAUAAAAUGAAUAAUAAUACGAAUAUAUCUUGUAAGAAACGUGCUCGUACAGGUAAACAAGUUGUUAGCUUAAGCAGAAAUGGUAGAAAUGUUGGUUAUUACAUGGUGAAAAGAAGAGCUAUUAAUAGAUGUGUUUAGCACAUUUGAUUAGAGCAUAAUUGGAUAUAUCGGUAUUAUCUCAUGUAUCGUACUGUAUAUAAAGACAACAUACAGCAUAUCUUAAAAUAUUAUUCAUAUUACAUGUCACAGAACUUUCCAAAAGAUUAUUGCCUUAUAUGAUUUUAAAAAAAUGAGAUUUGCAAAAUUUAAUAUUUGCAAAAAUAGUAUUUCAAUUGAAAAUAUAAGAUAUUAAUUAUUUCUAAUAUUAAGCUUUAUACUUAGUGGUAGGUAGUGAUCGAUGUAGGCCUUCUUUUUCCAUUUAAAUCAAAUUGUUAAUGUGUUAUUAUGCGAUAAAGAUUUGUACUUGAUAUUUGAAAAAAUUUUUAUAUUUUUCCAUUUAUGCCAUAGUAGUUUAUAAGGAAACACUGUCAAUUAGAUCUAUGUGUAUCAGUUAUUGACUUAUUUUGCAAUGACAUCUUAUCAUUUACGUUUAGCAUAUUUUUACUAUAUGAAGCACCUCACUAUAUAUAUUAAUAAUUAAUAAUUUACUAUUCUGAUAUUUUAAUUAAUAGAAAGUGGAUUUUAGUGAGCUUCUUUCAAUGUAACUUUAUUAUUAGAGCAUACAAUAUUAUAGUUGAAUAUUUGUGAUUUUCUUAGACGAUUCCUAUUUAUAUCUUAUAAGAAAUUUCUCGAAUUUUAUGAAUAUCUUAUUAAUCAGAACAGAUCUGUUGUCCCCUCCUCUAUCUAUUAUGAUAAUAAUGCAUCAAUAUAUAUAAAUAAUGUUUUUGUAUCUUGUAUUGUGAUUUACAAAUAAUAUCCUAAUUUAAAUUGAACUAAAAAACAUUUAUUACUAAAAUAUUAUAUUUUGUUCAAUUUAGAAAUUGAUAUAUUCUAUUUAAUUUAUAAGAUAUAAAAAGAAAGCGAAUAAAAAUCAUAACUUUGUUAUAAUACCUUAAAAGAUACACCAAUAAAGUGCUUCCUUAUCUUCUGUUAUGAUAUUUUAUAAUAAUGAUAUAAAAUAGAAAUAUAAUAAUCUCAGAAAAUUGAUAUUUACAAAGAAAUAAG